AUGUCGUCUCCCGUCGAGGAACGCAAAACAUACGAAAAGGACAAGCGAAAGGACGCGGACAACUCUCCCACUUCCGACGAUGGAACCUGUGUCACCGAGCCCGACACGGAUCGUAACGCCGGUCACUUGAAGGUGGACACAAGUUAUGCUCACGAUGAGCAGCCGCCCAUGCGCACACCCUCCGCCCGCCGGGAACAAGCUACUCGUCUGGACGAUGACUUGAUGCUUCUACAAGCGGAGCGUAUGACAUCGCAUUCGACCGGUGUCCCGGAUGAUGAACACGAUCGCAAUUCCAUUAAUCGCGCCCGCUCGCGUCGCUCCGAGAACGUGGAUGAGUUCGAUGAAGCCACCAACCCCCUACACGAAAAGGCGGCAAUUUACAAACCUCCCGAGAAACCAAACACCCAGAUUGCCGUCUUUGUGAAGAAAUUGCACCAGUCGAGUUUCCUCGUCCGCUACUUGACCUACAUUGCCCCCUGUGUGGGUGGUGUAGAGUUGAUGUGGUUUUCGAUUUGGUUGGAAAUUGUCUGGUUGACUCUCUGGGCAGGACGACUUGUUAGCAAGUGCAUGCCUCCAGUGGUUGGACUUCUUGCUAGUGUAUUUACCAAUAAUGCGAAAAAGUGGCGCGACAUGGCCAAACAGCUCGAGCUUCACGCAGCGCUCUUUUUCUGGUGGCUCGGCGUCGAGAUUUCCUUUCUGCCCACCAUGAAAAAUCAUCAUGUGAAUGGUGAUAAGGGGAGCAGGGGCUGGGAGAUCACGCUCAACAAAAUCAUCAUUGUCAUUUUCGUGUGGACUAUCCUGAAUUUCAUCGAAAAGAUCCUGAUCCAAUUGAUUGCCAUCAGCUUCCAUAUGCGGACCUAUGCCGACCGCAUUGAAAUCAACAAAUUCCAGAUCGGCAGUCUGACCAAGCUGUACGACUGGUCUCGAUCCACUCUCGCCGAGAAAGAUGAUGCGUUUGAGGAGAAGACCGAGGAACCAACUCCUGCAGGCGUCAAGACUCCGUUGCACUAUGCCGGCGUGGCCCAGCGGAAGGCCAAGGGUGCCUUGAACAAAGUUGGAAACCGCGUUGGCGAUGUCGCAGGUGCAGUAGUGGCGGAUGUCACUGGUCGUACAGCCACUCGGAGCACCGAUGCCUAUCAGGUCAUUUUGGCGCUUCUUCGAACUACCGGAGGCUGUCAGGUAUUGGCGCGUCGUCUGUAUCGCACCUUUGUGAGAGAUGGGUUUGAGACCGUUUUUGGUGGUGACCUGAAAGCCGCAUUUGAAGAUGGCGAGGAAGCCGAAGCUGCAUUCGCCAUGUUUGAUCGCGACAUGAAUGGUGAUAUCUCUAUGGAGGAGCUGGAGGCCGUUUGCGUUGACAUUGGUCGUGAGCGCAAGUCCAUCACUGCAUCUCUGAAGGAUUUGGAUUCGGUCGUCUCGAAAUUGGAUGAUGUCUUCAUGUUCUUCGUAUUUGUGAUCGUGCUGAUUGUGUUUUUGUCGCUCAUCUCGACCUCCGCCGCCGGUGUGCUCACUUCUGCGGGCUCUGCUAUUCUGGCUCUAUCUUGGUUGUUUUCUGCUACUGCCCAGGAAUUCCUUCAGUCGGUAAUCUUCGUCUUUGUCAAGCACCCCUUCGAUGUUGGUGACCGUGUGACCAUCUACGGCAAUUCUGGUGAUUCUGGUCUUGGUGAUGAUUACUUUGUGAAGGAAAUCACUCUUCUUUACACCGAGUUCAAGAAGAUGCAAGGCCAUGUGGUGCAGGCACCAAACAGCUACCUGAAUGGGCUCUUCAUCCUCAACCAACGCCGCUCCGGCGCACUUGCCGAGGCAGUUCCAAUCAUUAUCAAGUACGGCACCACCAUCGACCAACUCGACGCCCUGCGACAGCGGCUCUUGGAGUUUGUGCGCAGCGAAAAACGUGACUUCCAGAACAACAUUCUGACUGAAAUGCGUGCGGUCACGGAGAACUUCUCGCUCACGCUCAACAUCGUCUUCUUUUACAAAUCCAACUGGCAAAACGAGGGUCUACGUCUGCAGCGCCGCAACAAGUUCAUCUGUAUGCUAAUGGUGGCUCUCCAAGAGAUCGGCAUCGAGGGCCCACGCAUGAACCUCCAGGGUGCCAAGUUCGACAUUCCCUUCCAUGUCAGCAAUGGUACCACACGCGCUCCCGAACGGUCUGCAAUCGAUGCCGACGUCGAAGAGGUCCCGAUCUCAGGCGAGUCCCACCAUCUACCAGAGAAUACCGGAACCAGCAGCAGCAGCGCUGCCCGUCACCCAUCGAUUCUUCGCAAGGGUAUGCACACUGCCAACGCCCGUGCCCGCGGCCCGUCUGUCUCCCAACGCAAGCAUGUCGAUUUCUCCUUGGGUAUGUCCAACAUGGCAUCCAACGAUGUUAUGGGAGAUGUGUUUGAGGAUCGUGGUGUGGUCGUGGAGGAUGUCGUUCGUACCGCCAACCGCGACGCCGCUGAGCGCCGCAUCCAGGAAGAGAACGAGGACGAGGAGGAGCGCCGGAGUAGCCGCACAUCUUCCCGGAAUCGUCGCCCCUCUAACAUGAGCGUUCCCUCCAAUAACGACGCCGGUCGCCGGUCGAACGACGCCCACAGCUUCCGUAGUGGCCAAUCGUCGCUCAGUCGCAACCGCUUCUUCCAUCACCGCAGCAGCAUGAGUCACGAUCGGGACGACUUGAUGGAGCAAGGCCGCUUUGCGGAGCCUACUCCGCCUCCACCGGCCGCGGUCCAUGGUCUCAAGGAGCACCCCAAUUGA